GGAGGAGAGCACAGCGUCGAAUGGCCCCUUCAAUGGCGAUGCUGCAGCAUGCGUGCUCCGCUCCCAUCGCACGCGUCUUUCCAAUCGCACGUGCCAUCCGCUCCUGCUCUAUCACCAUCCCCGCCUCUUCACGCGCUACUCACGUGGAUUCUCAGGUGCUCCUCGGUAUGUCGGAGCAGGAUCUUCAGCAGCUUGCAAUCGACUUGGGUCAGCAAAAAUACAGAGGGAAACAGCUGCACCAUCUUCUAUACAAGGCCAAGGUCAAAGAAAUUCAAGGCUUCAGUCACUUACCUCAGGCAUUUCGGAACGAUCUCUGUGAAGCGGGAUGGAGGGUUGGGAGGUCCCCGAUUCACCAUGCGGUUUCUGCAGCUGAUGGCACUGUUAAGAUACUGAUCAAGUUGGAGGAUAAUAGACUGGUUGAAGCUGUUGGAAUACCAGUUGAAGAUAAUAAAGGUUCUUAUCGCCUCACUGCUUGUAUAUCUUCACAGGUAGGCUGCCCAUUGCGUUGCUCAUUUUGUGCUACUGGCAAGGGAGGGUUCUCAAGGAACCUGCAGCGGCAUGAAAUUAUUGAGCAGGUAUUGGCUAUAGAGGAGCUCUUCAAGCAUAGGGUGACAAAUGUUGUGUUUAUGGGAAUGGGUGAGCCAAUGCUGAAUCUGAAGUCAGUUUUGGAAGCACAUAGGUGCUUGAAUAAGGAUGUACAAAUCGGGCAAAGAAUGAUCACGAUUUCCACAGUGGGGGUUCCAAAUACGAUUAAAAGAUUGGCAUCUCACAAACUCCAGUCCACAUUGGCCGUCAGUUUACAUGCCCCAAAUCAGAGACUCCGAGAAACAAUUGUUCCAAGUGCAAAAUCAUAUCCACUGGACGCAAUUAUGAGGGAUUGUAAGGACUACUUCGAAGAAACUGGACGUAGAGUAUCCUUUGAGUACACACUUCUAGCUGGAAUUAAUGACAGCACGGAACAUGCAGUGGAACUUGCAGAGCUUCUUCAUGGGUGGGGCCGUGUUUAUCAUGUCAAUCUGAUACCUUUCAAUCCCAUCGAAGGCUCAGAGUACCGACGUCCAUACAAGAAAACGGUACUUGCAUUUGCAGCUGCUCUAGAAUCGCGGAAGAUAACAGUGAGCGUACGCCAGACACGUGGCCUCGAUGCCAGUGCAGCCUGUGGGCAGCUCAGAAACGACUUCCAGAAGAACCCUCUACUCACAACCUCCAGCAACGAUUCAAAUGCAGCUUCUGGGGAGCUCGGAAAUGACUCCCACCAGAGCCCACUCCUUGCUGCUUCCCUCAGCUGAAACAUUUGACCACCCUCCCGAGGUUCCAAGGGUUUGACCCAUGUCUCAUAUGUCAAUCAUCCACAGUCACCGGUGAAGAAAAGAAAAUCAGUGGUUGAGAUUCACAAAAGUCAGGUAUCAUCGACGCUUUUUGUUGAAUGAGAGGAAGUAACAUCGAAUGGUGGGAGACUUGCUAACAUGCACAUGCUACAACUGGUAGUAAAAGAGGAUAUGGAGUCUCAGCAGUCAGACAUCAGACUUGUACAGGCAUACGGAGGAGGCAGUGUGCUGCAAGAGGCAGAGGUGAUGUAGAGCUUCUGGUUCAUGUUUUUGGGGGACUUGUAUUCUUAAUGUGCUGUGAUCAGUUAUUACAUUAGGAAUGUUUAUGCUAGACUGCCUCAGACGUUUUGAGAAGCAACACUACAUUGCAUCCAAAUAUGUUUCUUUGGAGCA